AUGCUCUGCAAUUUUAUCGGAAAAGAAUAUCGCCAAGAGCGAUCAGAGAACCUCGAUGAAUAUUUAUCAACCAAAGGAGUGCCUUGGCUUGUACGAAAGCUAAUUUCUGGAAAAAUGGACAAUGGUUAUUUUAAAUUAACGAAAGAUGUAGAAGACGACUACUACAAUAUUGCUUUAGGAACUGCUAAAGGUGUUAUGAAUUAUCGUUUUCAAUUAAAUAAAGAAAUAAUUGGUAAAGGAUAUGACGGAAAGAACCACAAAAUAAAAUUUUAUAUGGAUAACGACAAAUUCAUCGAAGAACACGAACAUAUUGAAGGUGACCGUGUAGGAGAAACAAAUGACAUUACUGAAUGGAGUUUUGUGGAUACAUUCUUAAUAGCGGAAGCAGCAGCCGUCAAUAAAGAUGGUAAAAAAGUUAUUUGGAGACGAUAUUUUAAGGCUGUUUGA